AUGUUCCAGAAAGAAAGCAUUGAUAAAAAGGCCAGGGGCUGGACCGCGCAGAAACUCCGCACCGCACAACUCAUCUCCGCCGGUGUCGAGAAGCUCCUAUCGCGGAUCACCUCGCACUCGUACUCAUCUGAUCCAACCAGCCCCAUGGGCGCCUCCAUCCCUGUCUGGCAGACCGAGAACGCGGACCUCUCGGGCGCCGGCACGUUGGAGGACGACCUGGGCUGGGUGACCGCGUACCUGUACUGGGAGGGCUCCGAGAAAGAUACCACGAACUCUUGCUUGGUGAUUACCGGUAGAAAGAAUAUCAUUCCAUCCGGGCGAUUGUGGGCGUUUGCGCAGUGGAGUCGGGUUGUACGACCUGGCGCGGUUCGCGUGGCCGUCUCCGGGUCCAGUUCGACGCUCAAUAUGACUGCAUCCAAGAAUAAGGAUGGCACUGUUGCGGUUCAGAUGAUCAAUAGUGCGUCUUCGUCGACAUCGGUCACCGUCAAGGGGUUCUCUGCUGGUUCGGCCGAGGCGUACGUCACGGGUAACAGCCACAAUAACAUAAGCGACACUACCGCGUCGCUUAGUGGAGAAGCAGCCACUGUCAAUGUCUCUGGACAUGCAAUGGUGACCGUGGUUCUAUCGUAG